AUGCAUCGCUGGCAUGAGUCCGGCUGUCGACGACCAGAUGUCUCUGCAGCGAGCGGCCUUCCUUGCUGCAGCUAUUGCUUCGCGAUCCCAUCGUUAGAAGAUCACACAGUGCACCCCCAGCCAUGUCCAGUGCCUGAACUCCAAGAUCGGAGGCGAAUGAAUCUAUCAUGGCCAGCUGCAGUUAAUUAUAGUGGUUGGAACAUCGGAAACGAAAGUGGUAUAUUCCAGAGCGAUUCAAAAAGUGGUCUACAUGAAUCAGAACCCCCAAAAUCAUUUCUACCAGAACUUCCAUCCGAAGACAGUAUACGCCUCUUACGGCUGAAGCCUGGCACAGACGGAGACCCGAUCCACGUAGACCUCGAGACUAUACACAUCAACCAAAUCCCUCUUCCGUUGUACGACGCUCUAUCGUAUACCUCUGUGAAGGAUCUCACUGACUCGACCGAACCCUGCCCGGUAUUUAUAGGGAGUUAUUGGGAUGUCGCAUAUGUACCCACCACCUGUGGCAAGGCUCUUCGGCGGCUUAGGCGUCGGAAGGGCGAUAGACUGCUCUGGGUGGAUUCGCUGUGUAUAAACCAGACAAACCCAGUCGAGAAGAAUGGCCAGGUUCAUAUCUUACGCGAGAUCUACGCGAGGGCGACGAAAGUUUUGGCCUAUGUUGGAGACAAACCGUCUGAAUUUGGCCCAGCGUUCAGCUUUCUUAAAGAAAUUACAGCAUUUCAACCAACGCCAGGCGAUCACCCCGCCAUGGACAAGAGUGUCCAGGAUAGCGUAUCGGCGUUGCUUGAACUGCCUUACUUUUCCCGUCUCUGGGUUCUUCAGGAGACUCUCAUGGCCCGUGAGCUGGAGUUAAUCUGGGGUGAUCACUCUGUACGGUGGCCCAAACGCGCCUUUGGAGGCUCUUGCUCCGGCUUGAAUAUACCGUCUUGGCUAUUCAAGGAUUCAAAAUGGUACCCAUUUAUGGGGAGGGAUCUGUUGAAUGUCCUAGUGGACGCAUCCUCAUACCAAUGCUCCGAUCCACGAGACAAAGUUUUUGCGGUUUUGGGACUAAUGGGCGAGAAGUUCAUCAGUCCCGACUAUCGACUGGCUACUGAAAACGUAUACAUAGGCAUCGCGGCAUACUUUACUAAAAGCUGGGACACGAUGGACUUUCUUGCAGUGGCGGGACAGAAGGAUAGGACCCUUGACCUUCCGUCUUGGGUUCCUGACUGGUCCCAAAAGCUGUCACUGCCGUCUCUGGACACUGUCAUGAAGACUUGGGUCAGGGGUGAACCGGACGACCUGCUAUUAGACGGCGCCAUACAGAUCAAGUUUGAUGGUCUUGGUAGAACCGACCGCGAUAUUGAAGUGAGUUCUGCCACGGGAACCAUGCGGCUACAAGGCUUUAAGCUGUGCAGUAUAACAGGCCAGAGGAGAGAAUUUGGAGGCUAUACCUACAUCGAGAUACCAACAGGCCCCCGAGGGUUCUGCGUGCUGUCGAUUCCUCAUCCGAAUUAUGAGGUUGAUGAAACAGACGGGCUGUUUGUAUUGAAUGAAUAUCGUUACCCUGUAAUACUCAGGAAGACAGAAAGAGAGGGCGCUUAUAUUCUGGUGUCCGUAUGUGCUCUCUCGAUUGGAUCUCCUAAUUCAACUUUCCUUGUCCCCUGGUAUCAGCGGGAUAGACGGGGGAAGGGAAAGCCUUCAGGGUUGAAUGUAUCAGCAAUGACCCCAGAGGAGGACAGCUAUCUACAGCAGCUGUAUUCGAGACUAGAGCCUAUGCCUCCUGACCCCGAAACAAACCUACCCUCGAUGACCACUGUGCGACUCAGGGUCCUAAAGUUUCUGAUGCUGUACCACCCGGCUCUCGAAAGGAUCGAGAGGCAGUUACGGGAGGACUGGAUUAAGUGGAAUCAGGAAUUAGGAUGGAUGUUCCGCGACCAGUCAGCCAUCUGGCAAUUCCUGCUGGAAGUCAACCAGAUGAUCUCAGUUCAAAGAACAGGCGAGGGAAAGAUGGAAAUUAAGCGACCCGACUUUUACUCUGUCAGCCAGACUGGAAGAAUGUACCCGUCUCUAUAUACAUGGGAUUUAUCUCGAUUCUGCUGGUCUUUCCUCCAACCAACAGACACAACGGAAUCGGAGCCGGAACUGCAAUGGUCGCCAAUGGUAGACCGACUACGCUCUCACCAGUCGGAGAUUAAACAAUGGGCACAGGCCACCGAAAAGCUCCUGAAACACUUUGAAUACACCGCGACGUGCCUUGGAGAAUCGUGGGAGUCAUUCCCCGGUACGCAGCUACCGAGGAAAUGGGCCAAUAACCACGAGGAAUUCCUCGCUGCGUUGGGACCAUAUCUACAUCAUGGAACAGACAUGCAACGACGACCGCACCUGGAGCCAAGGUAUCUUUGGAGCCAUUCCGAAUUUGAGAGCCAGCUACGUGCUCGGCAGGAGAUAUGGACUCUUCAGGGGCCUGAGGGGUAUUCGGGCGGCGGUAAUGUCGAAGUCCAUGCGUUGUUGAAUUUCCUAGGGUUGGACCUAUAUAAUGAACAGCGUAUUGACAUUGUUUAG